UCAAUUUGACAAUCUAAUCGUCAACAUUACCAGCUAUUAAGCAAACUAAAGUUUAAAUAUAAAAUUUAAAUUAUAAAAGUUAAAUUAUAAAAGUUUAAAGAAGGUUUUUAAAAAAAAAUCAAAGUUUUUGGUAACAUUUUAACAAAGUCAAAUUAAAACAAUUCAAAAUACUAUCAUCAUGUCUAAAAGAGCAAGAGAAUCUGAUUUUGAAAUGAAUAUGAUAAGCAAAAUUCGCAAGAUUUCAACAAUUCUUGAGGAUGAAAAUAACAACGACAUUACCACAGACCAACAAGUCACCAUUCCAACAGAAAUAAUCGCCAACAUCAUGUCAUACCUAGACGAUACCAACGACAUCAAAUCCUGCAUGCUUGUAUCCCAAGAAGUUCGUGAUUUCAUCUUCACAACACCUGAAAUAAUGAAAAGGUUUCUAGUCAAGCUAGAUUUCGAAUGGUAUGAAGCUAUUGAUUUUCUCCAACAACGAGGAAAGUUCAUCCGUCAUUUAGUCCUCGACAUUGGAUGUCAAGACAGAAAACACCUUAAAUUCAUCCUUAAUCAGAUGCCAAAUUUAGAGAGUUUGAGUUACAACUCUUUAGACUUUGCUGUCGGGCGAUACUGUACUGAUGAUGACAAUAUUCCAACUGAGGAAAAUUUGGCAACGCUGACAAAGUUGAAGUAUUUGAAAAUUAAUCAAAACGACUUGAAAGACUUCAUGGAAGGAACAAAGAAUGUAACAAACUUAGACAAAUUGAUUGUUUAUGGAGAUGACGCUCAAAAUCAGGACCUGCUGACUGACUUUGUCGUUCAACAAAAUAAGUUAAAGGAACUGAAUCUUUCAAAUAGAUCAUUCAGUGGCUUCAUCACUUUUCCAGUACGCGACAUCUUCUCAGAAGUGAAAUUUAGACUUAAAAGCUUCAGAUUGAGUUACUACAAUAAUUAUGGAUUCUUCAACUACACGAAGUUCCUUCAAUCACAAGCUGAAAGUUUAGAGGAACUAGAUCUUGAGUACACACCAGGACAGGAAGUUUUUGAUGUCAUCUUUGGAGAUUUGAAGAAUUUGAAGAAGCUGACACUUGAUCCAUAUUACGGAGCACCGAUCUUCUCAGACUUUUAUCAACAUUACCGACGAGAUUCAGUAAGAGUUUAUGAGGAUAAGUUUGAAUUGGGAGUCAAUACCCAAAAAGUAUUUUCAAGAUUUCCAAACUUAGAAACCUUAAAAUGUGUCAAAUUCAACGAAGCUGUAGGUCGUUUUGAUAAAUUGGCAACACUGGAUAUUCAGCACCUUAAUUGUACAUUCUUGAUCAACCUUGAACUUCCUAAUCUAAAAAACUUGACAAUUCAAAAGGUUUCAAGGAUCUACUUUGAGAAUCUUUGGCGAAGAUUUGCUAGCAACGUUCAAAAUGUUGAGCACAUUACAAUCAAGAGAAUCAAGAAAUCAUCAGACUUAAUUUAUAUUGUGAAGAACUUGAACAUGUUCAGAAACUUGAAGACCUUCAAGUUCAGACAUUUAAGAAACUUCAAUCGCAACUACAAAAUGGAUGAUGAUGAAAUUGUCUCGAAGAACCAUAAAUUCUUCAAGAUUUUGAUUGACACUGAUGAGAAGACCAUCAAAGUUUGUAAUUAUAUUGUUCAUAAUUGUAAGGAGAUUCUCGAUUCUCUAAAAGUAAAUUUUGUAGGGUUUGAGUUUGUUGAAUUUUGUUUUCAUAAAAAUUUGAGUGAUGAGUUAUAAGGAAUAAUUAAGACUGAUUGUUAAAUUUGUAAUUUUAAUAAAAUAUUUAA